AUGCGCUUCGCAGCCUUCCUGCUACUUUAUCCAUGCCUUGCAGAGCCCCAAUGCGCGGCCACAGAUGACCUGAGCUGUGACCGCGAGGGCUCCGACGAGCUGUCGCUGUCGCAGUGGGGCCAGGGCUUCCUCCAGGAGACGUACCAGGUCCGAGAGAGGGAAGAAGCUAGGCUCGCCGUCAGCGGCGCCUCCGCUGUCCAGGUGGCCGCAGAGAAGCCGCUUUCAUCAGCUUCUUGGGAGCUCAUAGACCGCGAGCUCUUCGGAACCCGGGUGGUGCACUUCCCGUGGUGGGUCUACGCAGGAGUCUUCGGCUUCUUUCUUGCAGUUUUCGUGCACGAAGUGUACGUGUCUCGUGGCGGUGUUCCAAUCUGUCAGCCCAAGCGGCUCGAGAAGUCAGUCGGGUGCCAGUUGAUGGGCUUGUGGACAAAUGCCGCACCCUUCGUGGCCAUGUCGAUGCAGGUGCCCAUCUCCCUAGACUUUGCGCUCUCCCUGCACCAAGGAGCCACGUCCUCCGGCUUCUUUCUCAGCUGCGGGGUGAUCACCGGAUUGUGCGCGAUGGCCGCCGGCAAAAAGCUGGUGGAUGAGGAAAACUGGGAUCAGUUCUAUGUACGGCGGUUGCUGAUCGUCAUCCCCCUCAUAGCCAUGGCUCUUAGUUUCGUCUCCGCCAUCUUCAUCAACGAGACAUCAGGAAGCAACCAGGUGUACAUGAUUUGGUGGGUGAUGAUCGGCUUUACAGUGGCCGGGUCCUUUAUUGGGCCACUGUCGGUGAUUCCGGGUAUCAUCUUCUGGACGAAGAUCACCAAAUCCAAGAAUCGAACUUUCUGGAUGAUUCUGACGCAGUGCUCCCGCAAUCUUGGCCUUGUAGUUGGGCCUGGGCUCUUCGCCAUCAUGCGCACGCUCGUGACGGGCGGUGGCGAGAGGGUGUGCCCCAGGAGCAUGAUGGGAUGGGUGAACCUGCUGCUCUUGGUCUUCUCCCUCAUCUCCGCCUCCUUCGGCGCCUUUGUCAUGCCGGCGAGGAUGCCAGACUACGACUUGAACCUGCAAGAAGACGAGGAUGACCCAGACGAGAUGGUCAUGCGCUCUGAUGCUCACCUGGAGGCCAUGCCCGACCCCGAGCGCGAGCGCGUGGUCUGGAACAUGAUCUGGUACGCCUUCGAGCGGCCCUUUACCCUGGCAGCCGUGGAAGUCUCCACACUCAUGAUGCUGGAGGUCUACUACGGCUGGGAUCCCUACAUGACCGGCAUUUGCUUCACCGCAGUUUGCUCCCUGGGCAUCGUCAUGUCCUUGGGCACCACAGUGGCCGUGGUCAAGGGCUGGUGCAAGGAGUCCAACGUGUUCAUCAUCUCCGCGGCCUCCUCCAUCAUCGGCUGCCUCUUCCUCUUGGAGAUAGUUCCAACUCCUGGCUGGACGCUCCUCAUCGCGGAUUGCGUGAUCUACACUGGUGCCACUGUGGCCAACGGAUUCGCCGAAGGCUGGGCCAGCCGCGCUGCCAGGGAGGGCACGAGCUUCAGCAACGCCGAGUAUCGAUUGCGGCAGCUGUCUGCCGUGACCGUGAGUCGGUUUAUGGGUCCCAUUGUAGGCCGCUUCCUGGUGGACUAUGGUGGCCGAAAUGUCUACGCUAUUGCGCAGCUGAUCAUGUGCAUCAUGGGCACGAGGACGGUCUGGAAAACUGUGAACCUCAUAUGGCGCUGGAACCUCGCCAAUCCGGAGGUCAGCAUCAAGGAGGUUGAAAAGGUUUCAGAAGAUAUCCUGCCGGUCCUUUAA